CAGCGAAACAUGGCGGAUCAGUCCGAUGGUAAGGAAGUGACUUUUGGUGUUUUUUUCCGUUUUGAGUGCAUUUACAAACGGUAUAUGGAUUGUGCAUAGUGUACUGAAUAACAUAACUUUACGUAUCAAUCAAUAUCAUGAAUUAUUUCACUGUCUUUAGGUGUUUUAUUGGAUCUUAAUUGAAAAGAUAUUUAUUAUCACAGGUGAAACUGGUCGAUAUCAUCUGUCACUUGGUUAUGUCCUGAGCCAGUCUCACAGUCGGUGUUUUGUUUUUCAUGUAUAUGACAAUUUAAUUAUCCUAUGCACGAAUUAAUGUAAGUUUCAAACAUACACCCCGCUAAAUCAGGAUUUUUAAAUUUAGAGUUACUAUCGAUUCUCAGUGUCUCAAUCAAAUCGUUUAUCCCUUGGCUGAAAGUGCGAUCUUGUCUUGAAUUAUAAGAGAGAAUGUUGUUGAAAUUUGGUUUCUUAUUUUGGAAUUUCUGGAAAUGAUAAAAUUUUUUAUCAAGAAUUAUUCGAUGGAGACUUCCAUAUCAGGAAACUGGCAUUAAGAUAAGAAAUUUAUGCACUCAAACGAUAUAUGAUAGUAAUAUAAGGUUAGAAGUCAAUUUCUACUUUGGCCAACAAAUUACAGCACUCGAUUCAAGAUCAUCAACGAAUUACUCACUCUCUCACAUACUCUUUUUGCCUGUUGUGGUCCCUUGUAUUGUAUGAAGCAUGCAAACAACAAAGGAAGUAUCUUAGCUUUGAAGUUGAAUUAAGUAUCUAUGGUAGUUUUAAAGAGAAUCUAUGGCUCCAUAAAUGCAAUGGAGCAUGUGAACAACCAAGGAUUUAAAGAAUCUAAAAGAGAAUGUACACGAAGAAAAGAGAAAUGGAAUAAUAACCACAUAAUUGAUAAAACAAUUGUCAAAGGAGAGAUUUGUGUUGUCAAUAGAUUUGAUAUUGUUCCUGUUUUGACCACGGAAACUCCUCUAUGAUCACUUUGUUUUGAGAAUAUUAGGAUUUGAAAGUCAAAAAAAAUAUUAUUGAGUAAAUUGCAACAGUCUAAGUAACCCAACUGUAAUUCAGAGAAGUUGUUUUGACUGAGACUGUUAAUUCUCUGCCUCAGAUUUUCAAACAGAUAUCUUACCAUUUUGUUACUCAAGGUUUAAGUAUUUAUCACCUCUUCCCAUUACAUUAUCACUUUUAAUUGACAAUACUUUUGGUAUUUUAAUUUAAGGUCACAUUAUAAUUUUUUUUCUAGCAAAUAUUCUGCAAUACAACCCUCUAGUGUCAAUGUACAACCUCAAUUUCUGUUCAAUGCUAUAAGAAUUACACUGCCUAUCAUUCUAUUAUUUGCUCUUUUAGUUGCAGCUAAUUAUGAUGAAGCCAUUAUGGCCCAAGUUGACAACAUUCAAAAAGAGGUAUUACUGGUUUUAACUUCAAUAAAGGUCAAAACUUGUUCGACCAAGAUCAGGCCUUGAACUCUAAUAAUUUCAAGACAUCCUACCUUAAUUUCUGGGAGAUGCUUUCCUAUUCUCCCCUCACACCAGCCCAUGCUUUUCAUCUGUGAGUUAAGUUUAGGGUGUGAGGCCAGAAUGUAUUGAUGGGAGAGAGGGUGGAGAUGACAUUACCAUGAUAAAAAUAAUUUAGCUUUAAAGUCAAAGAGAUGUUUCAUUAUUGAUAAUGAAUGUCUCAACUGUCCACAAGUCAAUAUGUACAUAUUGCUGAAUGAAUUUUUUCAUAGAAGGCUAUAUUUCUAUAUAUAACUGUACCAUGGCAUCUGGACAAUGAACAAAUACUUCAUUUGACUCAAAUACCCUGGUCAGGGUUUAAGCCUCCUCUAAGGGGUUUGAGGGAUUCCCUGGUAUUCAGAACUAUACUUGCUCAAAAAUGAAUGACAUCCAUUUUUUUUAAACAAUCUAUCCUAUUUCCUUGUCUAGAUAGCACAAAUUCAACCACUUGUCGGUGAUAAACUGGAUAUCAACUUUUUACAAAAGGAAUAUGCUAUAGAUGACUUUGUAUACCAAACAAAAAUAAAGGUAAUCAAGAGUAUACUAGCAAGUUAUCAAGUACUUAAAAGACUUGAAAGUUAUGUUAUUUGAGCCUGGGGUGAAUCUCUAGGUUCUUCAAUUGUGCCCUCUGCAUGUAGAUGAAUUGCUAGUCUUUUAAACCUUUAAGGUAAUUGAUAAUGUAAAAAAUUUCUGGAUUUCUUAUGUAUAAUUUUAUAGGCCUUGAAUUUGAGUGUGGGAUGUGGAAAAUCAAAAAAAAAAAAUGAGUGAAAUUAUAUGAUAAUUUUUUCAAAAAUAUCAUAUCAUUAAAAAAUUUAAAAAACACACUAUUAUUACAUGGUUCCUGAAACCAACUUCACAAUGGAUGGUCACAGAAAAAUUCAAAAUCAUCCAGGAAACAGUCAAAGAAAGUGAUAAAGUUUAAUAUUUUGAAAGAGUACAAAGUCAUUGUUAUGCUAUGAGUCCUUCAGGCAGCCCUUUAGUUAGCCCUUUAGUCAGCCCUUCAGUCAACCCCUCAGUCAGCCCAUAAGUCAGCCCUUCAGUCAGCCCCUUAGUCAGCUCCUCAGUCAGCCCUUCGGUCAGCCCCUUAGUCAGUCCUUCAGCCAGCCAUUCAGUCAGUCCCUCAAUCAGCUCCUCAGUCAGCCCCUCGGUCAGCCUCCUCUCCUCAAAUGGUGGAGGGAGUAGCUGCCACACAUGCUACAAUGCGAUCUAAAUUGAGAUGAAUCAGACCAAAUCUUUGCUUGUUAUAAUAAUGAACAGGGCAGACAGUGUGAUUAUGUUUUUAGUUGUUAGUCCUUGAAAAAGGCAUGGAUCAGUGAGGAAUAUUUUCCUUGAUGAGAUGACAGGUAAACUUCCUUCUUUAGGAUCUAAGCUUGAAUUACUCACAUGUGCGGAAGACUAGAGGUGACGGUAAUUGCUUCUAUAGAGCCUUUGGAUUUGCCUACUUUGAGGAACUGAUUGGCAAUCAACUAGAAUUUGACAGGUAAUCAAUGGGAAAUAAAUUCAAAGGACAUCAUAAUUUCAAGAUGAUAAACUCUGCUUGGAGGAAAAGGAUCUUUUCAUAUCUUGCUGUUGAGUGUAUUUCUAUUUAUUUCACCACCAUUGUAGUCAUAUUUCCCCUAUAUUUAACAGUUCAUUUAUGAUUUUAGUUCAUACUUUUUAAAAUAGCCAUUAAUUGAAACCAAUUUAUUUUUAAGCUAUUAGAUGUGUACCCUGGUAAGUGGUCACUAUUCUACAGCUGCUACUGCUGCUAUUUUAGUUAACUAAAAUAACAAACUGUGGGAGAAGUAACUCUUUGAUAGGAGCAAUUUAGAAAGGCUCUAAAUUCCAUUCUGGCUUAGGGGCCCAUUUCUGCCAAAGUUUGUGCUUUUUUUACAAAGCAUGAUGCUACAAAGAGUUUCGUAGCUACUCCUCCUAGCUGAACACUUGUCUGCACUGUGCUCUUCCCCUUCUGAUUUAUCGUCAAGUUUCCCUUACAAUUUGUCAACAGCCUUUUACACAUCUGGGCGGUACCACACUAUUGUGAGGGAAAUAUCUUAAUUGACCUUGAGCUUAACUCAUUCCCAUGCAAGGACUUGACCUCAGACCUUUCCCUAUCCUCCUGUGACUAAAUGUGUCAAUGAAAAUCCAGAUAACUUAGUUGUAAUUUGAUAUCAUUUGUGAGUUUUUUCCUUCAUCCAACCAUCAUGUAUUGAAGUUCCAAGGCUGUUGUGGGCAAUAUUCAUUAAUGUUAUGUUCUUUACUGUUCCAUUGAAAACAGAUUUAAAACAUUAGCUUCACAAAGUAAAGAUGAACUUGUUUCAAUGGGAUUCCCAUCAUUUACAAUAGAGGACUUUCAUCAAAUUGUAAGUUUCUACACUUUUCAUGUGUUAUGAUUCAAUAUGUGUGCUCAUGAGUCACGACUCUGAAAUGCAAGUGGAUGAGACUGUAUCCUCAGGUAAGAAUGGAGCAGGAAUGGCACUUUAGUUAGGGCACUAACCUUCCUCCUCUUUGACACUGGUUUGAUUUGGGUAGUAAGUUGGUAUUACAUGUAGAUAUACUUUGUUAUCAUUUCUUGUCUACACUGUUUUCUCUGGAAACAUGGCUCUAGCCCUUAGAUGUAGCACUCCCUAGAACCUAUUAUUUUCAUAGUUUCUUGUUUUUUUCCUGCAAUUUUACUAUCUGAAAAUUUUAAACUGGGUUCUUUGGCUCCAAUUUAGUUCAUGGAAACAAUUGAAGCUGUUGGAAAAAGUCAGUCUGUGGAAGAAUUAUUACAGGUAAAAAUUCUCAUUGUGUAUCUUAAAUGAUUACAUGUAUCAAGCCUGUUCAAAGUUUUUAAGUGAUAUGCUAAAGUUAUACUUAAAAAAAGAAGAAAAACACAUGUUGCUUCCUCUAAGGGUGAGAGAUUGUGUAAGAUUGGCAGGAAUGCACUCCAAAAAAAAUUGUACAAUGCAAAAUCUCUGAGGUGGGGAGUGUUAAUUUCUACUGAAUGUGUUAGUUUCUGUCUAUACAACCAGUUAUUUUCCAUGGUAGAUCAUUAAUGUUGAUAUGUAAGUUUUUUGUGGAUGAAUACCUUUCUAGAGUUAUAAUGCCUGAUGAUCAUAGAAUUUUUGAAAUAUAACUUUAUGCACUGUAACUUUAAUACUAUUGUUCUACUCCUAAUACUUUGUAAAUGUGCCAAUGUAUGUAUUUCUUUUAAAUCAAUGGUGUUUUGUGUAUUAAUGCCUUUUCAGACAUUUCAAGAUGAAGGACUUUCAAACUAUAUUGUUGUGUAUUUACGACUCCUAACAUCUGCACAACUUCAAAAGAAAUCUGAUUUUUUUGAGAACUUUAUUGAGGGAGGAAGGACAGUACAAGAAUUCCGCAGCCAGGUAAUAAACAUAUAUUAGUAUAUUUAUUAUUGAUGUUUUAUCUUGACACCCCUUCUCCUCUCAAUCCUUUGACCUCCAACAUCUCAAUGAAAUUCUCCUUAUACAUCCCCUAUAAAGUUUCUUGUGAGAAUUAGGUGUUGGAUCAAAUGAUAAUAUUAUUAUUCUUAUCAUAUGGCUGCUUGACAUUGUAAUGAUAUUGUAAGGAGAAAUUAUAUCUCGGUCACUCAUGGUGAAAUGAUUAGAUACACAAAGAAUGAUACAGAUAUUAAUGGUAAGCAAACAAGUACUGCACAUGUUGCAUUCCGAGUUCAAGGGUGGAUAAUUCAACCUAACUUAGGUGAAGUUUUAGAAAAGAAAUUUGUUUGUAAGAGAGUUGGGCAAAGAAACUAAAUAUAUUUUGUGGUGGUAGUUGUAAGCCCUCUUGAUGCCAGCAUAAAACUGAACAUUUGGAUAACACAUUUGCCUCAACUGAGAAUAGUUUAGAAUGUGCUUUUGGAACACAGUAGCCAUUUUAGUUAUGGUAUCUUUCUUAAACAGGGCUAAAAAUUGGCAGUUGCAUAGUUGUCAGUGGUGAGUUAAAACUGACCAGGGCCACCAAAAGUUAAGGUUUGAACACCCAAUGUGUGACUAUGCUACAGAAUUUUGAAAAUUUGCAAUGUAAAUUAUGCAAGGUACAAAAUUAAAAAUAAAACUCAAUAUGUAGUUUAAUUGAACUACCUUUCUCUUUGUUUCUUUGCCAUGAAAAGCCAUGAGGCAUUUAUUCAAGUUUUUCAUUUUAAACUGAUGGAAAUUAAGGGCUACUUCAUUUUGGGAUGGGCCACUAAGAAUUCAAGGAAACUGGCCCAGCUGGCCACCAAGCACUGGAGUUAAUUUUUAGCCCUGCUUAAACCAGCAGCCUGUUUCUCAAAGGUCCCAGUGCCUUUAAGGGUGCAGAGUUAUAUGUUUAAAUAUUGUGGGUAUAGCUCAAAACCAGCUCAUUCUGUUUUGUCUCAUGAUAUUUACCAAUUACUGGAAGAGCUUAAGCAUGAUAUCAUGAAUUAUCAAACCUGAGGUCUGGGGCAGAUAACACAUGUGAAAAGACAUGCAGUAUAUAAAAUCCAUCCAGGGGACCACAAUUCUACCUAAUGACCACGAACCAUCUAGAGACUUACAAAUAAUCCUUGUUUUUACUAAUCUUCAGGAAGUCGAGCCUAUGGCCAAAGAAAGUGAUCAGAUUCAUAUCAUAGCUUUGACUGAUGCACUUGGUGUUUGUGUGCGUGUUGUCUAUAUGGACAGGGGUGGGAACUCGUCUGUCAAUCAUCAUGACUUUCCAGAAGAUGGGUCCCAGCCUUUGGUUAAUUUACUAUACAGGCCUGGUCACUACGAUAUUUUGUAUCAAAAACUAUAACAUUUCUUUAAAAGAAACUAUUUUUUAUUUACCC